AUGGCUAAAUUAACUACUAUUAGUAGUAGCAGUGGAAAUAGCAGUUCUUCUUUUUCAAGUUCAUCAAGUAGCAGUAAUUCAUCAGAUAGUUCUUCAAAUAGUGGAUAGGAUUUCCAUUAUGAAAUCGAAGAAAAAAUUGAAAAAUAAGUGAUUCUGGAAUGGUGUUGACGACGAGGGAAUUCCAUAUGCUGUGAAAUUUAUUAGAUUAAUAUUCAUAUCUUGAGUAAGACUGAUCUUCAGAAGUAGAUUUCUUAAGAAAAAUCUAGGUACUUUAGUCCUUCUGUGAGGUUGGUAUCGUCAAAUUCUACGAAUACUUUAUUUGGUAGGAUUAUUAUUGUAUUUUGCUUGAAAGAGUACAAAGUAUAUAUAUAAAAUUUCAUGAUAGCAUAUUGAACAAUUUAAAAAGCUAUGACAUUAAUCUCCAUGACUGUAGCCAAUCACAUACACAUAAUAUAAAGAAAUUCGAUCAAUUUUUAAAUUAGUUACUACUUUAUUAAUGUUUUUGCAUUCCCUCGGAAUCAUUCCACACUUUUCUCAAGCCUGAAAAAAUUUUUUUGCCAAUCAACAAAAGUACCCAGAUCAAUUAAAUGAAUAAGAAAUUUACUUAAAACAACAGAAGUGAGAGGUGCCACUUAAACCAAUGA